AUGUCAGACGACGAGCACAAACGACACCCGCACGCACAACGUUCCCGCCAUUCAACAGCGUCGCCAGGCAUGAUCGGUCAUGAUGGAAACUUCAUGGAGAGCUUCAAAGACAUGCUGGGCGAUAUAUAUGCCCCGCUGAAGACAGGUCUGAAGUUGGAGCACGUAAUUUAUAAUGCAUGUUAUAUGCUUCUCAUGUUAUAUGGUUUCUUUGAUGUUGCAGAUGCGUCAAAGCAGUGGGCGUCAGAAUUCUACAUUGAGCCACCGCGUUGGAGCAUACUAACCAUAACCUCUCUGGGUUCCACCGGCUAUAACGGGACUGGGGACGCGCAAUGGACUUCCAUCGACAGGGGGUUUGGUCUCCUCCUCUCUGCGCUGGCGUUAUUCGUUAUCGGGGCCCGUGGUGUCCGCAGUGUUUUCCAUGGGGAAAAUGGCGUGAAGGCGCUCCAGCGGUACUACUUGUUCGCCGGAUUCCUCUUCACAGCCUUCUUGCACGGGCCCAUGUUCUGGCUGCCGAUUACCAUAAUUGCACUUAACUACGUCUUCAUUAUAAUCUUGCUGAAGAUCAAGAUGCCUCACUGGGUGCACAUGGCAGUUAUGUGGACGGCAGUGGUGUCGCUGAUGCUUAGUGUGGGAUACUAUGGAGGUCGGUUGAUCAUUGGUCCGAGGAGACUUGGCUUUUGGGGAGGCAUGGCCAGCUGGGUUCCCACGUUUAACAUGUCUAUCCUUCGCAUGAUUUCGUUUAACACAGAUCUGUAUGAAGCGAUACACGCGAGCGCUCCUGCGCGGGCAACAACUACGAGGAAACACGAUAACGGUUGCUUGGAUUGUGCACGACUACGUGACAAACACCCGGAAAAAGAAGUAACUGCCGUGCGGUGUUACAAGUUUCGUUCAGAAUACCCCCGCAAUGUCAAUGAGUACAAUCUGCUGAGCUACAUGGCGUACAUGCUCUACCCGCCGCUGUACAUCGGUGGGCCCAUGUCUUCCUUCAAUGCGUUUGCUUCACACUGCCAAUAUUCUACUGUUGCCAUGACGAGGUCGCAGUUGAUCGUUUACGGAAUAUUCAUUAUUAUUCUAUACGUUACUCAGGUGAGCAUGCUACACUUUGUGUACCUGAGUGCUCUGCGGCAAAGGGGCGAUCUCGUCAUGAAACUGAGCACAACGCAAGCUGCUUUCAUGCUGUACUAUUCCUUGGCCUUCCUUUGGCUGAAGUUCUCCUUGGUUUGGAAGACGGGUCGCUUGGCUGCUGUUGCGGACGGGGUUGAUGUGCCAGAGGACAUGCGGCGCGCCUACAGCAACACGUUAAGUGUGCGAGACUUCUGGCGUGAUUGGCAUGCCUCAUUUAAUGUGUGGGUUGUGCGCUACAUGUACAUUCCCAUGGGGGGAAAUAGACGGAAGUAUUUCAGCAUCCUUCCCAUAUUCUUCUUCAUUGCGGUAUGGCAUGAUUUGGAACUCCACCUUAUUGAGUGGGCGGUAUGGAUUAUUGCCUUCUUUUUAGUUGAGCUUUUUGUUGGGUAUCUAUGGGGCCUGCCGUUAUUUGCGCCGGUACGACACUCAAAGUACGAGCGCCUGCUAAGAAGUCUUGCUGGAAUGGUCAGUGUUUUUGGACUUACAAUCACGAACAUGAUCGGCUUCGCUACCGUGGCAGCACCUCACGGAGGUUCAUUGACAGCGCAGAUUAUUCUGCAUAUCCUUGGGACUCUUAACUUAACUCUAUUCUUCUUCUUUUUACUAUUUUUCUUUUUGCUCUCUGCCACGGGUGUUUUGCUUCGUGAUGAAGAAGCAAAUCAAAUAAAGCAGCUCAAGGAAAGGUACGGUAUAGUUCGUUGA